CAAAGGUAUUAGUGGGAGAAGUAAACCCCAAUUAAGCUUCUUCUUCUUUUCUCUCUGAUACACCAUCACACGCAAUCUCUCACCUUUCACCACCUACUCCCAAAGUCCCCAAUUUUCACUCCUCUUCAGACACCCAUUACAUCAAACCACCCAGUCCCAUCCAUGUCGGCUUCAUGCGGGGUGGUGGAGUGCGUCUUCGUGCUGGGCUGCGCUAGGUGGCUCUGGAAGCGCUGCACCUACGUUGGAAACUACGACAGCGCCACGUGGCCGGCCGCCACCCCUGACGAGUUUGAACCGGUGCCGCGUGUCUGCCGCCUCAUCCUCGCCAACUACGACCCCGAUCUCCGAAAUCCCCAGUACUACAAGCCCGCCCCCGGUCACCGCCUGAACCCGGAGUGGGUCGUGAAGCGCGUGACCUACGAGCAAACUCUCGGACACGCGCCGCCCUACCUCAUCUACCUCGACCACGAGCACAAGGAGAUCGUGCUAGCGGUGCGUGGCCUCAACCUGGUCAAUGAGAGUGACUAUAAAGUCCUACUUGAUAACCGGUUGGGGCAGCAGAUGUUCGACGGCGGGUACGUACACCGUGGGCUGCUGAAGUCGGCGCAGUGGCUGCUGAAUAGGGAGUCGGAGACGCUGAAGCGAUUGUGGUUGGAGAACGGUUCCGAAUAUGAUAUGGUGUUCACUGGACACUCUUUGGGUUCUGGGGUGGUGUCGUUGUUGACGAUUUUGGUUGUGAACCAUAGGGACGGUUUGGGUGGGAUUCCUAAGGAGAAGAUUCGAUGUUAUGCGGUUGCUCCUGCCAGGUGUAUGUCCCUCAAUUUGGCUGUCAAGUAUGCCAAUGUCAUUCAUUCUGUUGUUUUGCAGGAUGAUUUCUUGCCAAGAACGCCCACUCCGUUGGAAGAUAUAUUCAAAUCUAUAUUCUGUUUGCCCUGCUUAUUGUUGUUGGUUUGCCUGAGAGACACUUUCAUACCUGAGGGUAGAAAGCUUAGAGAUCCAAGGAGACUUUAUGCGCCUGGACGAAUGUACCAUAUUGUUGAGAGAAAGUUUUGCAGAUGUGGUAGAUUUCCUCCUGAAGUGAGGACUGCUAUUCCUGUUGAUGGAAGAUUUGAGCAUAUCGUCUUGUCGUGUAAUGCAACAUCAGAUCAUGGAAUAAUAUGGAUUGAAAGGGAGGCCGAGAAAGCCUUGCAAUUGAUGAAGGGGAAGACCUCUGAAACUGUGACAGAGCCUCCAACGAUACAAAAGUUCGAGAGGUUGAAGACCAUAGAGAAAGAACAUAAAGAUGCUUUGGAAAGGGCUGUUAGCUUAAACGUGCCUCAUGCAGUGGACUCUGCAGAGGAAGAAACGGCGGAGAAGAAUGAAGGUGAAGAAGCAUCGGAUAGUGGAAACAAUAACGUGUCAAGUAGCCAAUCAAAAUCCAGUGAUGGAAGGUCAAACUGGGAUGAGGUUGUUGAAAAACUCCUAAAAAAGAGCAAGACGGUAGAAUUAAAUCAGCAAAGGGACACCAAUGUCUUACCAUAACAUUCAUUCAUAUAUCUGCAUUUUUUGUUAUUUUUUAACA